UAUUUCUCUCUUCCACUCUUUAUCUACCUUAGUCCCUCUUCUUCUGUUAAGAAAAAUGUCAAACCCUCCUUACAUCAAUGCUGCAUUUCGUUCAUCAAGAGAUUAUGAAGUGUAUUUCUUCGCCAAGAACAAGUAUGUGAGAUUGUCUUACACUCCCGGAGGAACUGAUGACAAGAUUUUAACUAAUCUCACCUUGAUUAGUAGUGGUUUUCCAUCACUUGGCACUAAGUAUGUUCGCAUAGACUAUGAUUCCAAGCAGCUUGUUGGCAGCAUUCGCAACAUCGCUGAUGGCUUUCCUGUUCUGAAUGGUACCAUCUUUGAAAGUGGAAUCGAUGCGUGUUUUGCUUCUCAUAAGGAGUCUGAAGCUUACCUUUUCAAAGGAGACAAGUAUGUGCGUAUCCAUUUCACUCCAGAUGAAACUGAUGACACUCUUAUCGGUGAUGUCAGGCCUAUCCUUGAUGGUUGGCCCGUUCUUAGAGGCAUUUUUCCUGUCAGCUAAACAAGCCUUCACUCUCAUGCAUCAACCAUGGCCUCAUCUGAAUAAAUGGUGUUAUAAUAUGCUACAAUAAGGCUUCCAUUGCCAAAGUUUGUUUCUUUAUCUGUAAUCUAACAUUGGGAUUGGAUGUCUGUUUCCUGUCCUGAUGUAACAUGUCUGAAUGUUUGUGUUUCGUUUCCUGUAGGUGGAUGUUUGUUUCCUAUCACCAUGUAAUUUGCACUUAAUAAUAAAUAAAAGAGGCUUUGUUUGAUUU